UGCUGUACAGGUCGCCUUGCAGGUGGUCCUCAUUAUUUUGUAGGAUUUAGUUCCUAACCAAACGUGGUGUGUUCCAGCUGGUGUGGGAGAUCAGCUGCUGAAUUUGCUCCUGUGCUGUACCUCUGGCAGCUAUCAGCAGAGCAAACAAAUCACCACCCCCUGCAGCAGCACAGCCAAUGUGAUGGAUCAGGGUCACCAGCCUUGAACCUCAGGGGAGUGGUUGAGGGGCAGGUGAAGCACUCCCUGCCCAGGUGCAUUCAUUUUCUCUGCAUCAGUGCUAAGGAGGUACCUCCCUGCUGCUCCCUGGAGCACCAUGUCAUGCAGAAGAGGCAAGUAAAGCUUCUUGACCUGGCAGACUUCAUCUGGCUUCAUAUUUUAGAUGUGAUGCUCAGAGGUUACGCUGUAGAUUAAGGUUUUACUGGAUCCUGAGAUGAGUGCAAAUUCCCAGAUGCAGCAGCUCUGAUGUGCAGCCAAAUCUCUGCUGGAAGCUCGCUGGGCUGGGUGGGGGACGGGGCUUCACCCACCCUGCAGUGCAAGGGAAGGAUGGAGCAGAAAUACUCCAGGAUGUUGUGCUGAGCAGGAGCAGGUCACCUUGCUCAGCCAUGAACACCUCAGCACCCAGCAGCCCGCUGAGGCACCCUGAGCCCCAGGAUGCAGCUGCUUUCACUCCCAUCUCCGUGGUCAGGAGCAUGACAAAGAAGUCUGAUGCCCUGCCUGUCAUCUCAGCCAUCGUCGUCAUCUUUGUCCUCCUGGCCAUCUUCAUCAUUGUCGUGGUGCACUACGGACCACAGCUCCGCACCAUCCAGAUCACCCUUUACCAGGAGCCCAUGCCGCAGGACCUGGAUGAUGGGGUGCACCUCAUGGACUGGAGGAAGCUGGGCUCCCAAAAGAAGCCUGCUCAGCCUGGGCAGUGGGAGCCGGGUGGCAGCCUGAGCUGUCAGUGCUCCUGCAGGCACCAUCUCCCCUGUGGGAGCAUCGAGCCCAAUGUCAUCGAGAUCACGUACCUGUAACAAGGUUUGGGCAGGACCCAAGGGAGAAACAGUGACUGGGCUGUUGGCUCAGCCCAAGACUGGCUGGUUCCUGCACUUUGGGGUCAUAUCAGUCUUCAGAUGGGCUCAACUGCAGUGACCCAUCAUCAGCCCUGACACCCAGACCUCUGUCAGCAGGCAGUGUGCAGUGCAGCCAGGCAAUGACAUUGGUGUUUGAUUGCCCCAAGGCAGAGCUGGGAGUGGGUCAUCCUGCGUGGGUCAGCGUCAGAAUCCUUUCUGGUUUUUCUCACCCUGGUUUCACCCACGCUGCCUGGGAACAACCAGGAGAGCUGCCUCGGUCCUCUUUCCACCCGGGGAGUGCCGAGCGAAUGCUCAGCCCCUUGGCACAAGCUGGAAGUUGCAUCAUUUGGAAUUGCUUUAUGGGUUAGGGAUGUUUUCACAUGGUGUCCUCGUUAUUCUGUUUGUGUGGCACAGGAAAGCCACCUGUCCCACUUUUGCUCCAUGCCACGGCCCUGCUGCAGAGCUGAAUGCUGGCCUCCCUCCUGCUGGCCCUGGUACAGCUGCCUGCAGAGCAAUGUGAGCAGUGAUGGGGAUGGGGCAACAAACUGGGGCUGCUCCCCAUUCCCCCGGGUGCUGGAUGUUUCUGACCUGCCUGAUGCUCUGGCUCCCUUCAGCUCAUGUAUUUCCAGCUUGUUUUACCUUAAAACAAAGUAGCGGUUGGACUUGUUGGAAAAUGUUGGUGUUCACAAUAAAAGUAAUUUAUAUUUUCCUUGUU